AUGUAAUACUUCGUAAUGCAACACAACGUAACAACACAACAUGGGCAAAUUUGUGCUAAGGGCGGUGAUGGUGGCUACGGUGCUGGCAGGAAGCCUGGCGCUGGUCCACCCUACCAGAAAGAACCUCAAGGUCCUCGCCGACAGAAUACACCUGGAAAAGGCGAUGAGAGAGGAGAGGUCCGUCCACUGGGGAAUGAAUCUAACGACGCAAGAUUCCUUCCUCUUCAGACUGAGAUCAUCGAGGCCAUGGGCUAUCCAACGGAGAUCCACCACGUCACCACAGCAGACGGCUACAUCCUGGAGCUGCAUCGCAUCCCGCAUGGCAUCAACAGCACGGGUGGAGACAGACCCGUGGCGCUGCUACAACACUGCCUCCUCUGCUCCUCUGCUGACUAUAUCAUGAAUACUCCCGACCAGGCUCUGGCCUAUGUGCUGGCGGAUGCAGGCUAUGAUGUAUGGUUGCCAAACUUCCGAGGGAACACGUACUCAACCAACCACGUGGAACUGGAUCCUGCAAACAUUAAGUUCUGGGGGUUUAGCUGGGAUGACAUGGCGAAAAAUGACGUGCCCAACAGCAUCGACUACAUCUUGGCAACAACAGGACGCGAAGAUCUCUACUAUGUGGGCUGGAGCAUGGGAACUACAGCCUUCUGGGCAAUGAUGAGCGAGCUGCCAGAGUACAAUAACAAGGUUCGAGCAAUGGCGGCCUUGGCUCCUGUGGCAUACCUGAACUAUGCCCAUGGUCCCCUCGUGGAGCUGGCACCAUACUCUGGCGAUAUGGAUCGAGAUCACAACCAUGGCAAGUUCCAGAAGUACGACUACGGUCUGCUGGGUAACCUAAACCAUUACGGCCAGAACACGCCGCCGCUAUACAAUCUGAGUGCUGUGACCGCGCCUGUCGGACUCUUCUGGGGGCAGACCGACUGGAUCGCGGCGCCUGAGGACGUGGCACGCCUUGCUGACGAACUCCCAAAUGUGGUGCUCAGUCACAGGGUAGAUAAGAAUGAAUUCAACCACCUCGACUUUGGCUGGAUGGCCAAGGCAGCAGCAGCAGCAGCAGCAGCGUGGUGCCUCGUGUUAAUGGCGGCACUGGUGGCAGCGGAGGCAGACCCCGGUUACCAUAACAGAGGAAGGCUUUACUAUAAACGGCCUUAUUACAAGCGCCCCAGUUUUUACAGCCAGAGGCGACCGUACGGCAGUGUGAGUCACGGAUCUGUGCAUUCUGGGGCUUUUGGCAGCCACUCCUCUCUCGACCACGCCUCUGUCGGGCACCUCGGCGGACAGCCCGAAAUCCACACCUCUGUGGGGCAUGACAGCCACGUUGCCACCGACCACGCCUCUAUCGGACACCUCGGCGGGCAGCCCGACAUCCACACUUCUGUGGGGCAUGACAGCCACGUUGCCACCGACCACGGCUCUGUCGGGCAUGGUAGCCACGAUACCAUCAGCCACGCCUCCAGUGGGCCAGACCUGGUGAGCACCGUGGACCUGCGCUCCCAGCCCAGUCACUCCACCGAUGACUUGUUCCCGGGCCUGCAACAUCACCUGUGCUUCCCACGGAUCAUGGACGACUGUUUACAUAACAUAUCCUUAUCUCGUAUUUUUUCUUUCCUUGCUUCUUCGUACCCUUCCAAACACGUGAGUAAAUAUAUGUCAAAUAUUAUGACCGUCAUACUGCAUUUACCUGACACACGCAACACAGGCAGGAGGAUGUUUGGUGCAGCACUCAAGGCGGCGGUGGUGGUGGUGUCGCUGACGAUGGUCCUGGCCCUCCCGCCGAAAGGAGAGCUGAAGGAUAUCGUCGAUAAACUUCUCAGAGAGAAGACAAUGAUGAGAGAGAGAUCCACUCACUGGGGAAUGAACAUGACCACGACCGAAAUCAUUGAGGCCAUGGGCUAUCCCACGGAGAUUCACCACAUCACCACCACCGACGGCUACAUCCUGGAGCUGCACCGCCUCCCGCACGGCAUCAACCACACCAGCGGCGACAGGCCCGUGGUGUUGCUGCAGCACUGUUUUCUCUGUUCCUCGGCGGAUUACGUUAUGAACACCCCUGACGAGGCUCUGGCCUACGUGCUGGCCGACGCGGGAUACGAUGUGUGGAUGCCCAACUUCCGUGGCAAUACCUAUUCCAGGAGCCACGUGAAUCUGGACCCAGCUAAUGUUAACUUCUGGAACUGGAACUGGGACCACAUGGCUGUGAAUGACGUGCCCAAUAGCAUUGAUUACAUCCUGGCCACGACGGGGCGCGAGGAUCUCUACUACGCCGGCUGGAGCAUGGGCACUACAGUCUUCUGGGCAAUGAUGAGCGAGCUGCCUGAGUACAACAACAAGGUCCGUGGCAUGGCAGCCCUGGCUCCCGUGGCCUACAUGGACUACUCCCAGGGGCCCAUUGUCGAACUGGCACCUUACUCAGGAGAGCUGGAUACCAUCGCCUCCCUUCUCGGUAUUGGCGAGCUCUUCCCAAGCGCCGAGUACAUGGAUUACCUCGCUGAAACAUUCUGUGACAGCAACUCCACCUAUGCUGAUGUCUGCUACAACUUUAUAUUCCUGAUCGCCGGACCCGACUCUGAGGAACUUAACGAGGAAUUCCUUCCGGUCAUCCUGUCGCACACCCCUGCCGGCUCCUCUAUGCACACCAUCAAUCAUUUCGCCCAAAUUGUUCUCUCAGGAAAGUUCCAGAAAUACGACUACGGUCUGCUGGGUAACCUGAACCACUAUGGCCAGAGCACGCCGCCGCUAUACAACCUGAGUGCCGUGACUACACCUGUCGGCCUCUUCUGGGGGCAGACUGACUGGGUGGCUGCGCCCGGGGACGUGGCGCGCCUUGCUACUGAGCUUCCCAAUGUAGCGGUGAACCACAGAGUAAACAAGGAUCAAUUCAACCACCUCGACUUUGGCUGGUCCAUUCACCCCAAAGAAUACGUUUACCAGCACGUCUUGGAUUUCUUCGCCAAGUUCUAAAUCGCCGUUGUGAGCGUGCCAGGAUCGGACUACCACGCAGCCAGGCGGAGAGGAACAACAGCGACAACGUUGCAAAGUGGCAGCGCGGAAAGCAUAGGAAUAAAGACUUUAUUGUU